AUGAUCGCAGCAGGCACCCUGACGCGGGACGAUACACGCCGCAUUGCCCAGACGCUCCAUGCCUGUUUACGCAACCCCCAGCUACUCAGCGGUACUAGAUCAGAUCUGCUGUCCUUCCUUCAGCAGCUGAUCAAAGACCUUCAGAAGGGAACCCUACCAACGCAUCCUUUCGUCUUCGUGCAUAUUCUAGGCAUAUACAAAGAACGCAAAAUGUAUAACGAGGGUUACGCGCUGUGGCAGUGGCUUGUUCAACAGGACGACACUCACGUGUCCCAAGCUGUGUACGGUGCAGCCAUCGAAAUGAUGGCUUAUGGCAAGAAGCUUCGUCUGUAUGAGUUGGAGAAUCUCUACGUCGACGCUCUCAAGCGCUUUCCGGGCACCUUCGCCGAAUACCACCUUUCUCCAGAUGCCAUCGUGCCCAAUCGCAGCCAACCCACUGUCAUCGCCGAUGUGCCAGUCACGCUUUUACAGGGGAUUUUGACCGCCCGUCUCCUGUAUAACGAUUGGAAGAACGCGUACCUGGCGCUGGAUACCGCCUUGCGCCUGUAUCCGUGCCAGCUGCCGCCACGAUUCUUCGAGAUGUUUAUGGAGAGCAGGCAAUUAGGGGAAGCAUAUACUACCUUUCUGGUCGCUUGCCGUGCGGGCAACGUGUUAAGGCCCAGCCAUGUCACUACCCUGCUCUCAAAAAUCAGGAAAAGUAUCGAGAGCUGUGAUACUUUAGGGGACAGAAUCGUCCUCGUCCGCGCCAUUGCUAACGCUUUGUACGCGUAUCUGGAGGCUGGAGGCUCCUUGGAACCGAUACACGCAGGUCAAUUCCUCACCUCGUUCGGCUCUCUGCUUCCUGAGCCCUCUCCCGGGAGCGACUAUCAAGGAGACACGGCAUUGCUUCGGAACCGUAUCAUCACUUUCGCCCACGGCACUCUAUCGUCGCUUCUCCAGGCUGGAAUGCCUCCUUCUCCACAAGUUUUUUCUGCCCUCGUCAACCUCGCUGGAAGGUUGCGUGUACCCGAUCUCCUCCGUGUCUCGCUGCAAGAUGCCGAUACUGCUCAGGUGGACUUGGGAGACAUUGGCAUCCGGGGGGUGAUGUUCUCAGCAGGCCAAACCGGCGCAAAGGAUCUCAUCGAGGAGUUUUGGACACGUAUUGCGCACAAGGCGGCCUCUAAUGGCAGACAGAUCGACUGGAAGGACUGGGUAUCUUUCGCCAAGGCAUGCAAAAGAGCAGACCAUGUUGAUUACUUCCGUGCCCAGCUCCGAGAACAGGAACACGCGAUCCCUGCAUCAUCCAAACACAUCGUUAUGGAGGCGCUAGACGAGGAGACACCGUAUUUCGAGAGAACAAUCGACAUCUCGCGUUCAGAAGAGUUUGAGAGCGAAUUGGGUGAGCUCGACCAGCAAAUCAAGAACAUAACCGCUGUUGUCAUGUCUGGCCAACGUUUGGACAUUCGCAAUACACCAUUUUACAUGUUCCUUGACCCGAAAAGACCACCGCUAGCCAGGCUCGAGGACAUGCAGAAGGUUUACAACGAAUACACCAUAGAUCCGCACCAACCCCCUCCAGAAACCUCUACAACUCCAGCAGCUCUUAGUCCUACAGGGCUUCCCUUAGAUGAACUGCGCUUUGCGAACUGGGUGUCUGUAUUGGAGUUGAUGGACCAAGCCCACAGCUCCGAACAUGAGCGGCAGAGCAGGCUGAAACGUAUGGGACAAGACAUGGCUAGAAAGGAAAAGAAAGACCCCCUCAAAAGGGACAGGACCGGUUUACUCGCGCUCAACUACCUCAGGGACCAUGUUAGAAGCAUGCGGGAUACAUCGGUAGGACAGUCUGCGACCCGGAAGACGUACACCCCCAAGCUUAUCACUCCUAGUCUACCCAACGAGGCUCACGCUACUAAGGAUAUCUCCGACUCGGAAACCAGACAGCCUCGGUUUCAAAAGCCCGUGAGGAUUAUAAAACAUGCUAGAGGCAGCAGCUAUCGCCAAAUCGACAUUUCCCAAGACGCUCAGUUUCCCGAGUCUUCCCAGACAACUUCUUCACGACCCCCAACGAACAAUCUCCAAGUCUUGUACCAUAUGUUUCCUAGUGGCGGCAAGAUUCUCAAACCUGCUGCGGCUUCUUCCGAGCCGGACGCUCCAGAAUUAGAUGCGGCAUCCACAUCGAACAAUAUCCUCCCUGGGUAUCCACGCAGCCCAGAUCUUAAACCCCCCUCUCUUAAAAAAUAUGUCAGUGUGAAAUCCGACCACGAGGCUCCCGUAUCGAUACCAAAGAUAUCGCGGAAUCCACUGGGCAAACGGAAGUAUGCCAAUCAUCACUCAUUCAGGAAGUAUCUGGAUGGUCAAAAGGCGGAGGGGAGUCGUUAA